GAGUGAGAGAGAGAGAGAGAGAGAGAGAGAGAGAGGAGGAGUGCGUGUAUGAGUGUGUGUGCGAGCGAGCGCGCGAGAGAGAGAGUGUGUGAAGGCUCUGGCCGUGGAGCCGUAGCUCACUUUUCCUCUCAACUUCUUCGCACGAGACUUCUUUCACGCGAAAAAAGAAAGGAUAAAUGAAAUAAAACAACACGAGCCAUGAUGUGAAGCUGUGAAGCGCGCGCACACGGGCUUUUAUCUUCGAUCGUUUGCAAAGAAACAAAAUAUCCAAGCCUGAACGACGGAGAGAGAGAAGAGAGAGAGAGAAAGAGAAACAAUGAAGCCUGUAGCUGUUCUUCCAGCUACUCUGUUAACUUUGCUGCUCUGCUCUCAAGGUGUGCUGGGCAGUGCAGAGUGUUCGUGCGGGCGGAAUCACUUCACCUGUGCGGUCAGUGCGUUUGGAGAGUGCACCUGUAUACCAGCACAGUGGCAGUGUGACGGAGAUAACGACUGUGGAGACCACAGCGACGAGGAUGGCUGCAUGCUGCCCACCUGCUCUCCUCUGGACUUCCACUGUGAUAAUGGGAAGUGUAUCCGGCGCUCGUGGGUGUGUGACGGGGACAACGACUGUGAGGACGAUUCGGACGAGCAGGACUGCCCUCCACGCGAGUGUGAGGAGGACGAGUUCCACUGUCAGAAUGGUUACUGCAUCCGCAGCCUGUGGCACUGCGAUGGAGACAACGACUGCGGGGACAACAGUGAUGAGCAGUGCGAUAUGAGGAAGUGUUCUGAUAAGGAGUUCCGCUGUUCUGACGGUAGCUGUAUAGCAGAACACUGGUACUGUGACGGAGACACGGACUGCAAGGACGGAACGGAUGAAGAAAACUGCCCCUCAGACCUGCUGACGUCCACCUGUAGUGUAGAGGAGUUCCAGUGUGCGUAUGGACGCUGCAUCCUGGACAUUUAUCACUGCGACGGAGACGACGACUGUGGAGACUGGUCCGACGAAUCAGACUGCUCGUCUCACCAGCCGUGUCGCUCUGCUGAGUUCAUGUGCAGCAGUGGGAUGUGUAUUAACGCUGGCUGGAGGUGUGACGGAGAAUAUGACUGCGAUGACCAAUCAGAUGAGACCAACUGCACUAUCUCUAUGUGUUUGGCGGAUCAGUUCCGCUGUGCGUCUGGUCGGUGUGUACGGUUGUCAUGGCGGUGUGAUGGUGAGGAUGACUGCUCUGAUGGCAGCGAUGAAGAAGGCUGUGAAAAGACUGGAGCUCCUCCGUGUGCCUCUGAUCAGUUUCUGUGUGGAAACGGACGCUGUAUUGGUCAGCGCAAAGUGUGUAAUGAUGUUAACGACUGUGGAGACGGAACAGACGAACAUCCACACCAGGACUGUCGCCCCAGGCCCACUGAGGGGAACUGUAACGUGGGUAACGGCGGCUGCUCUCAGAAGUGCCUGAUGAGCCGAGGGUUAGUCCAGUGCUCCUGUCACACCGGAUACAAGCUCGCAGAGGACGGAAAGACCUGCCAUGAUGUGGAUGAGUGUGCAAAUGAAGGCUACUGCAGUCAGGGCUGCACCAACACUGAGGGGGGCUUCCAGUGCUGGUGUGUUCAGGGCUACGAGCUCCGGCCCGACAAACGCAGCUGCAAAGCUUUGGGUCCGGAGCCUGUGUUGUUAUUUGCGAACCGGAUUGAUAUCCGUCAGGUCUUGCCGCAUCGCUCCGAGUACACUCUGCUGCUGAAUAACCUAGAAAACGCCAUUGCGCUGGACUUCCACCACAGUAAAGAGCUGGUCUUCUGGUCAGAUGUCACGCUGGACCGCAUCAUGAAGGCCAACCUGAACGGCAGUAACGUGGAGGAGGUGGUGUCCACAGGACUGGAGAGUCCAGGUGGUCUGGCCAUAGACUGGAUCCACGAUAAGCUUUACUGGACGGACUCAGGGACGUCUCGCAUCGAGGUGGCUAAUCUGGACGGCACUCACCGGAAGGUCCUGAUAUGGCAGAGUAUGGAGAAACCGCGCGCCAUCGCGCUGCACCCUAUUGAAGGGAAGAUCUACUGGACAGACUGGGGAAACACGCCUCGUAUUGAAUACGCCAACAUGGACGGCUCCGGUCGCAGAAUCAUCGCAGACACAAACCUCUUCUGGCCCAACGGACUGACCAUUGACUACGCUGGACACCGCAUGUACUGGGUGGAUGCUAAGCACCACGUCAUCGAGAGGGCCGACCUGGACGGAAAGAACCGAAAAGCCAUCAUCAGCCAAGGACUUCCUCACCCGUUUGCGAUCACCGUGUUUGAGGACAGUCUGUACUGGACUGACUGGCACACCAAGAGCAUCAACAGCGCCAACAAGUUUACGGGCAAAAACCAGGAGAUCAUCCGCAACAAACUUCACUUUCCAAUGGACAUUCACACACUGCACCCUCAGAGACAGCCUGCAGGUGGCCAUAAUCGCUGUGGGACGAAUAACGGUGGCUGUAGUCACCUCUGCCUCCCCAGCAACAAAGCCUUUACCUGUGCCUGCCCUACAGGCUUCAGAAAGGUGGACCAGUACAACUGCGCUCUGAGUCUUGACAAGUUCCUGCUUUUUGCCCGAAGGACGGACAUCCGUCGGAUCAGCUUCGACACCGAGGACAUGUCGGAUGACGUCAUUCCGUUGGCGGACGUCCGUAACGCCGUGGCACUGGACUGGGACUCCAGAGACGGUCAUAUUUACUGGACCGACGUCACCACUGACUCCAUCAGCCGUGCGCUGUGGAAUGGAUCCAAACAGGAGGUGGUGGUGGACACCAGUUUGGAAAGCCCCGCUGGACUGGCCAUUGACUGGGUCACACACAAAGUUUACUGGACUGAUGCAGGUACUGACCGCAUCGAAGUGUCCAAUGCUGACGGCAGCAUGCGCACAGUCCUUAUCUGGGAGAACCUAGAUCGUCCCCGGGACAUCGUGGUGGAUCCCAUCGGAGGGUAUAUGUACUGGACAGACUGGGGAGCGAACCCCAAGAUUGAGCGUGCAGGGAUGGACGCAUCCAGCCGCAUAGUCAUCAUCUCCACCAACCUGACCUGGCCUAAUGGACUGGCCAUUGACUAUCAGACCGAGAGACUGUACUGGGCCGACGCCGGCAUGAAGACCAUUGAAUUCGGCAGCUUUGAUGGCUCCAACAGACAGGUUUUGAUUGGUAGCCAGUUGCCUCAUCCGUUUGGCCUGACGCUGCACGAAGACAAGAUCUACUGGACGGACUGGCAGUCCAAGAGCAUCCAGAGCGCAGAUAAACUGACCGGUUUGGGCCGCUCUACACUGGUGGAGAACCUGGAGAACCUGAUGGACAUCCACAUGUUCCACCGCCACAGAACGACAGUCCAGACCCCCUGCUUGGUGAAUAACGGAGGAUGUAGUCAUCUCUGUCUUUUGGCUCCAGCACCCAAAGGCUCUAGCUGUGCCUGUCCCACCGGCAUUAACCUACAGGUGGACGGAAAAACCUGCACCCCAGGAAUGAACAGCUUCCUAAUCUUCGCCCGGCGGACAGACAUCAGGAUGGUCUCUCUGGAUAUUCCCUAUUUCGCUGAUGUUGUUCUGGCCGUCAACGGGUCCAUGAAGAACACCAUCGCCAUCGGAGUGGAUCCCAAAGAGGGUAAAGUGUACUGGUCAGACAGCACACUGAAGAAGAUCAGCAGGGCUAAUAUAAACGGCUCCGGCCAAGAGGACAUCAUCUCUUCAGGCCUGAUGACCACUGAUGGCCUCGCUGUAGACUCUGUGGGCAGGAAAAUCUACUGGACGGACACCGGAACCAACCGCAUCGAGGUGGCCAACCUGAACGGUUCCAUGCGGAAAGUUCUAGUUUGGCGGAACCUGGACAGCCCGCGUGCCAUCGCCCUAUACCACGAAAUGGGGUACAUGUACUGGACAGAUUGGGGUGAGCAUGCAAAGCUAGAGAGAGCUGGAAUGGACGGAUCAGACCGUGUAGUUCUGAUCAGUAAUAAUCUGGGCUGGCCAAACGGCCUGGCCGUAGACAAGGCUGGCUCGCAGCUGCUCUGGGCAGACGCUCACACCGAGCGGAUCGAGGCGUCUGACUUGAACGGUUUGAACCGGAGGACGCUGGUGUCUCCAGUGCAGCACCCAUACGGCCUCACGCUGCUCGGCCCGCACAUCUACUGGACGGACUGGCAGAGCCGCAGCAUCCAGAGAGCAGACAAAACCACCGGCACCAACAUCAUCACCAUCCGCUCCAACUUGCCUGGACUCAUGGACAUCGAGGCUGUGGACCGGGAGAGGCCGCUUGGCUUUAACAGAUGUGGGCGGAGAAACGGCGGCUGUUCUCACCUGUGCCUGCCGCGGCCGAACGGGACGUCGUGCGCCUGCCCUACGGGAAUCCUGCUGAAGAGUGACGGCCGCUCGUGUGAGGAAAUGCCUGAGACAUACCUGCUCUUCUCGAACCGCGUCAGUGUCCGGCGCAUUUCCCUGGACACCCCCGACCACACGGACGUACACGUCCCCGUCCCCGAGCUGCACAAUGUCAUCUCUCUAGACUACGACAGCGUGGAGGGGAAGCUCUACUACACCGAUGUCUCUCUGGAUGUCAUCAGGAGAGUAAAUCUGGACGGCAGCAGGAUGGAGACGGUGGUCAGUCAGGGUCUGAAGACCACAGACGGUUUAGCAGUGGACUGGGUGGCACGGAACAUGUACUGGACCGAUACGGGCCGGAACACUAUAGAGGUUUCACGACUGGACGGGUCAGCACGGAAGGUUCUGGUCAACAACAGCCUGGACGAGCCGCGGGCCAUCGCUGUGUUCCCCAGCAAAGGGUUCCUGUUCUGGACAGACUGGGGGCACAUUGCUAAGAUCGAGCGAGCCCACCUGGAUGGUUCUGACCGGAAGGUUCUGAUCAACACGGACCUGGGCUGGCCCAACGGUCUCACGCUUGACUAUGACACACGCAGGAUAUUCUGGGUGGACGCACAUCUGGAUCGUAUAGAGAGUUCUGACCUGAAUGGCAAACUACGCCAAAUCCUCGUCAGCCAUGUUUCGCAUCCUUUCGCUCUCACACAGCUGAAGCCGGUCUCCUCUCCUCUAACCGCUUUCUCCCGAAUCUCACAGCAAGACCGCUGGAUCUACUGGACCGACUGGCAGACUAAAUCCAUCCAGCGGGUCGACAAACACACUGGUCGCAAUAAGGAGACUGUACUUGCCAAUGUAGAGGGGCUGAUGGACAUUAUAGUGGUCUCACCAAACCGCCAGACUGGUACCAACCACUGUGGAGUGAAUAACGGAGGCUGCACUCAUCUCUGCUUUGCAAAGACGAACAGCUUCGUGUGUGCGUGUCCAGACGAGCCGGACGGGCGGCCGUGCUCCACCAUUUCUGGUUAUGUUCCCACGGUGCCUGACAGAGGGACCACCAGCACUCAGUCUCCAAAUAAAAGAGUAAAAGCUCCUACGAAUAAACCCCAGCCAGGUCAUCCUGUGCUCAACUGUACAGAUAAGUCUGCUGGUGUGGAGAACUGCCUUCAGAACAACGUGGUUUCUGCUCCUCAUGGGGAGGGGCUUCAUGUCAGCUAUGUGAUUGGUGGAGCUCUGACCGUUCUGGCUAUUCUCAUACUUAUAGCCGUGUACAUAAUUUACAGGCACAAAAAGUCGAAGUUUGCCGAUCCAGGUGUGAGUAAUCUGACCUACAGUAACCCUUCAUACCGGACGUCUACACAGGAGGUCAAAAUAGAGACUGCUCAGAAACCUCCCAUAUACAACCAGCUGCGAUAUAAAAAAGAGGGUGUUGGUGAAGGCAGCUACACCAAAGAGAAGAUCCGGAUCGUGGAGGGCGUAUGCUUGCUGUCAGGGGAGGAGCUGUACUGGGAGGAUUUAAAGCAGCUGAAGGUGUGCAGGGGGAGUGGCCUCCACGCGUGCAUGCGCACAGACACCGUCUCUCUGCAGGCUAGCUCCGCCUCCCUUGAUGACACAGAGACCGAACAGCUGCUGCAGGGCGACCAAUCAGAAUGCUCCAGCCUAAACACAGCCAUGGUCACGCCCCAGCGGCACAGCGCGCACCCCGACACGGGCUGGGUCCCCAACCGCAAACCCUCCACUGAGAGCGAAGUCUGAUCACACAAACACAUGAACACAUAUACACACAAAUAAACACAUAACAUAUGCGUAAGACUGAAUACACAUGAUGCAAUCACCUGCUGGGCCCAGGCUCCACCCACAAAUGUGUUUGUACCUACUGUUUUUAGGUUGUAUCUUUACAGAAUGCUGGUAAAAGUGCCAUUCAGCCUAAAUUCAGUUUAUAUCACAAUACCUACAUUUAGAGCCAGUUAUUCAUUCAACCUAAUGAGAAACUGUAGAACAGCCUUAGUUUAUAUCACAAUACCUACAUUUAGAGUCGGUUAUUCAUUCAACCUAAUGAGAAACUGUAGAACAGAGUUUAUAUCGCACUUUACUUUUAGAGUGACUUAUUAACUGAGUUGCUUGGGUUAAAUGGGAUUUUUACCAGUGUUUUACAACUGAGCAACAGUAGCUGUGAAAGAACACAUUUGUGGGCAGAGCCUGGAGUGGGUAAAUUUACAUAGCCUUCACUCUUAGGCAUACACUACUGUUCAAAAGUUUGGAAUCACUGUUUUCAAUCAUAUUAAACUAAUUUUGUUGCAGAUAAAUGUAUAAAACAAAUAAGAUGUUAAUACUCUUGAAUUUCACAGGUUUCAAAUAAUCAAUAGGUUAGAUGUGUGAAUAAUGUAGAAGAUUCUAAAAUGACUUAGAAAGAUGUAGAACAUCAAUAAUUAAUAUAUAACAUAAUUAAUAUCCAGAAUGCCUCAUAUUUGAAAUGUAGGGAUCAAAACUCAGACAGAUAAUUAAGAUAAUCAAUGACUAUAAAUACAGUAUAUCAUUUACUUUCUCGCUGGAAAAGUGCAAAUAUUACUGAUAAUGAUACAGUACUUUCUGGAUCUAGCCUGUUAUUUCAGUCCACACUGUAUAAGUUAUAAUUAAAUAAAAUAACAAUCAUUACUGUGACUCCAAAAUUUUGAACAGCCGUGUAUAUACAUACACACACUUGAAAUCUGUAAAUCUGAGCAACUCUAUUACUAUUGUGAAGCCACAGAACAAAGUCAGAUAUUUAACAACCGAUUUGAAGUACAAAGAUGGUAAUAAAACUAGAAUGUCUAUUUUAUUUGAUGUACAGUUGGCAAAACAUGCACGCACAUACAUACAUACAUACAUACAUACAUACAUAUAAGCAUAUAUAGAUACAUACAUUCAUACAGAGGGUUCCAAAAGUCUGAGACUACAAUGGAAAUCUUGGAUUGUUUUUAUGUAAACCUGGAAUUAAACAACAAAGUUUUAGAAUUGUGAAAAAUUUAAAACAAGUGUUAGAAGUUAAAUGAAGAAGAAAUAUUCAAAAUUAUGCUCUGUUUCUGACACUAUUCAAAUAUAAGCGAAUUUGUGACAGUGUGGGGUCCAUGCAGCUCAUGUGCAUGCUGUCAUUAAAGCAAAAGAGGGACACACCACCAAAUACUGAGGAAUUCUGAAAUUCACAUUCAAAGAAUCUACUUUUCACUCAGAUUGUUAUGCUAAUAAUGUCAUUUAUAAUGAAUAACCUUAUGUUAAAUUCAAAAGGAGUGCAAAAUAGAAGCAUUUUCACCAGUGCUCUUACAUUUUUGGACCUCACUGUAAACACAUACAUACACUUACACUAACACACCACAGCAACAUCCUGGUUUCCGGCCCUCCGUCCACCAUCCCUGACCUUUCGACCCUGACCCUGACCUCGACCUCCUUUCAUACACAUGACUGAAACGAGAAAAGAGCUGAUGGAGCGAGAGAACAAAAGAAAGACAUUUUCCCAAGUUGGGAGCGAGACUAAAACCUGAAAUAUCCUGGAGUUUGUUUUUUGGUAUACGAGGACAGCGUGCUGUGUAUAAAAUUCAGCUUUUUGUGGACUUCUGAUGCAAAAAAAAAAAAAA